AUGUCUCAACUGUCUACAGUUGAAACAUGGGACACCGCCACGUGUACGCGUUUACACGUGUGUACUCAUGGGACCUUUGGAGCAUGCGAUGCAGUCGGUCCGCCCCGACCGGGCCUCCGCUAUAUCUCCCACCUCCUUCCAGCACUCCAUCCGCAUCUUCCCUAUUGCCACUGUUGCACCUCCUUACUAUCCGAUCGCCUUUCUUCCAUACUCUUCACCCAGUCCCUCGUCAUGACGGCUGUUAACGGCAUCGACGUCUCCAACCUGGACCGCACCGUCUCGCCAGGUCAAAAUUUUUACCGCUUCGCUAAUGGCGGCUGGCUCGAGCGCAACCCCAUCCCGCCCGAGUACUCGCGCUGGGGCGCCUUCGAGGAGCUCAACGACCUCUCCAACGCGCAGCUUCGAGCCAUUCUCGAGGAGAGCGUCGCGGACCAUGCGGGCGACCCCAACCGUCGUGCCAUCGCCACGCUCUACGCCACGGGCAUGGACGAGGACGCGUGCGCCAGCCACGGGCUCAAGCCGAUGGCCGAUGUCUUCGAGCGCAUAGACCGCGUGCAGGGCGCCGAAGAUGUCCUCAAGCUGGCGGCCAAGCUCAGGGCAGAGUGCGGUGUCGCUGGAGGCGGUGGUGUCUGUGCUGUGUACAGCUUGCCGGAUGCGAAGAACUCGGCGUGGGAGGUCGUCCUCAUGUCGCAGAGUGGGUCCUUGGGGAUUGGCGAUCGCGAUUUCUACUUCAAUGACGAUAAGGAGGAGAUCCGGGACAAGUAUAUCGCCCAUGUUGCCAGGAUGUUGGCUUUGGGUGCGUUUUAUGAGAGCGAGGAGGAGGCCAGGAGGCCUGCCGAGGAGAUGAUGAAGCUCGAGACUAAGAUCGCAGAGGCCUGCCUCACGAAGACUGAGAUGCGCGAUCCGAACAGAACGUACAAUAAGUUUGAGGGCACUGACGAUGUCGCAAGGCGGACAGCUGGGGAGAAGGAAUUACCUUGGGGCGAGUUUUUUGACUGCUUGGGAUUGCCUGUCGAGGCGAGGAAGACCAUUAUCGUUGACAACCCCAACUUUUUUAAGAACCUUGCUUCCUUGUUGCAUGAUAUUGAUAUUGGCACAUGGAAGACAUAUCUGCGCUACCACACCCUGAAAGAGAUGGCUAACUACUUGUCUCCCGAAUUGAAGAAGGAGCAUUUUUGGUUUUUUGGUACCACUAUGACAGGUCAGCCGGAGAUGAAGCCGCGCUGGAAGCGCGUUCUCAGCACCGGUAUCACAGACUUGUUAGAAGACUCGCUUGGUAUUCUGUACACAGAUCGUCAUUUCAAUGCCACAGCCAAGAAGGCGUGUCUCGAGAUGGUCACCGUGUGCACAGAGGUCCUCCGCAAGCGCAUCGAGGAAGUCGAUUGGAUGCAGGAGGACACAAAGGAAAAGGCGAAGGAGAAGCUCGCCCAGUUUCGGCCCAUGAUUGGAUACCCGGACAAAUGGGAUGUCGACGACAUUCCUCAGCUAUUGGAAGAGAUUUCCUUGGAGAAGUCGUACUGCGCCAAUGUUCGCGUGUGCAAUGUGCGCAAUUUUAAGAAGGUCAUCGAGCGCAUCGACAAACCGGUAGACCCUGACCGAUGGGAAAUGCCCUCCACGCUUGUGAAUGCCUACUUCCAUCCAUUGAAAAACGUCAUCGUAUUCCCAGCCGCAAUUUUGCAGCCCCCCUUCUUCUUCCAUCCUACAGAAGACGCGCCGUACGGUGACCCAGCGGUCAACUUUUCAGCGAUCGGAGCAGUAAUCUGCCACGAAAUAUCCCACGGGUACGAUGACCAGGGACGAAAAUAUGACAAGAAGGGCGAACUCGCUGAUUGGUGGACUGAAGCGGACGCAAAGGAGUACGAGCGCCGCGCAUCAAACAUGAUUAGAUUGUGUGACGACUAUCAGGUCUUCGGGAAGAAUUUAAACGGACGGCUAUGCCUGGGUGAGAAUAUCGCGGACUAUGGCGGUGUGAAGUUGUCAUACAAAGGUUUAAAAGCGUUUAUGGAGAAGCACGGAUCACUACCAGUGAUUGAUGGGUUCACCCCCGAACAGCGUUUCUUUCUAGGAUGGGCGACAGUGUGGCGUAACAAUAUCCGCGAGGAAAACGCACUGCAACGGAUUAUCAUGGACCCUCAUGCCCCUGGCGAGUUCCGCGCGAACAUCGUUCAAGUAAUUGAGGAGUUCCACAAGGCGUUUGGCGUCAAAGAGGGCGAUAAAAUGUGGCAGGCGCCAGAGGCUCGUUGCGAGAUAUGGUAGUGCAGUUUGGUAAUUCUAUAGAGACGUACGCUUGCGAGCAGGAUUCAUGAUCCUUGUAUGUGGCAUCGAAUAAAACGGCAUAGAAGCUUGCAAUUCUGAUUUA